AUGACGUCUACGCGACUAAUGAAAGCCCCCGAGCAUGACCGUGCUCACAACAAUCAGUUGUUCUGGAAUUUAGCCGCCAUUUGCGACGAGACACCUGGAUCUGAGCUAAUGGAUAGAUUAGCGAUCGUGAACGCUGAUCUGCUCCAUUUCCUCGGCGCUACGCACAACUUGCCGCCGCUACUCGAUAAUAUCUUCGACUCGGUACUCGACCUGCAUCGUAAGGACUUCGCAAGGACGAGUAAGUUCAAAAGUGUAUUUUAAAA